CUGGACCCGGGGAGAGUUUGGAAGACCGGUACCGUUCAUCAUAACAAACUACAGGAACAUGAAGUCUUCUUCUACGGUUCCAACCAUGUUUAAAUCUGGCCAAAGUCCUCAUUCAGAAGUGGAGGUAACUUCCAGUAGACGGUUCUAUAACGUUUAUUACGAUCAUGAUAGGGUCGACUAAAGUUCAGACUCCACCAACACACCAGCAGAUAAACAGAGACUUCUCAGACAGAAGUGUGACUGUCAGCAGACUCUGAAUGGACAAUGGCAGAGAACACGACGCCUGCCUCAGGGACUCAGACUAAAUCAGCAGCUAAGAAGAAAUGGACCAAAGCUGUGGAGAAAAUCAUUCAAGCGAGCUCUGCACCCUGGCUGAAACCUGACAUCAGUGAGCUCCAGAUUAAAGGACCUGAUGAUUUAUCAAGCACCGUUCCAGCCUGGAUGCCCUCGUGUUUAGCAAAGCCUGAUCUAAAGUCCAUGCAGAGUCUGUCUGAGUGCGUAAAGCUGCUGCAGAAACUCUCAGAGGAGGUCAGCAACAUCAAUCAGGGGAAACAUAGCAGAAAGGAGGAAAGAACAGCAGGGGGCAGCAGAGAGCCAGAGAGUCUGGAGAUUAGCAAGAGUCUGAUCCUGAGCUGGGCCUCAGAGCUGGAGAUGAACAUGGCCAACAUGAAAACUAGAGGGACUAAUGUAAAGAGCAGAAGAAGAGAGAAAGAGAGACCAGAGGAGGAGAAACUCAACGACAGACUGCAGCAGUGGGCUGUAGAGCUGAGGCAUAUUAAAGAGGCUCACGGUGUGUCUGAUGAUGAGCUGAAGAAGCUGCUGUAUCCCAAAGGAUCUAACAAGUCCAGGAUGUCAGCCAUUCUUCCUCUGCUGGAGUUUGUGGCCUGGUCUCUGCUGGCUGACGAUACUGAGGAAGCUGUCUCAAAGAUGUGGCUGCCAAGCAAACAGAAAGCGUGGAAGACGACGAGCGGAAACCCCAAAUACAUCCCGAACUCUGUGUGGCAGUGGAUUCAGAGCGCUGCAGUGUCUGUACGGUUUGACGUCUCCACAUGUCACCCCUGGCUCAAGGUCUCCUCAGACCGUCUGCAUCUCUCUGAGGCAGAGCUUCCCUCCUCAUCUCCCUCACAGAGUCAGAGCGACCUCAAGCGGCCCUUUGUGCUGGGUGACACCAUCAUCUCUGCUGGGAGACACUACUGGGAGGUGGAGGUGUUGUCUGAAGGCUACUGGAGGUUUGGAGUGAUGUCCAAGUCCGCUCUGAAGAAGAAAAGCCCCACCCUGUUCCCUCGUGGAGGUUUCUACACCCUGUUAAGGGCGUCUAGAUUCUGGGCAUGUGACAACACACCUGUUAACCUGCAGAAGGUGACCGUACCUACACGGGUCGGAGUGUACGUGGAUGUGGAGGAGGGUCAGGUGUCGUUUUAUGAUGCAGCUCAAAGGGUUCACGUCUACACCUUCUCUGAUACCUUCAAACACGGUUUGAUCCCUGUGUUUGGGUGGCUGGAAAAAGACACGCUACUGAGAAUCAGACCAGCUGACCUACCAGCCAACGCUCAGGGAAAACAUGUAACAGUGAUGGAUGCUUGAAGGGAACAUGCUGCUUUAAAUUUCAUUUUACUCUGAUUUCCUGUGAUAAUGAGUAUAUAACUGUUGCUUUAUGAAGAUCUUCAGAAGGUCUCCUGGGUUCUGUUUGAAAAUUAUUCUCUCUUAUAAUUUAGGCUGAAUUUGGGGUAACAACCCCAACUUACUGUCUGUCUCAUGCUAACUGUCUUUUGUUGGCAACUUUUGGAAAAGUGAGUGAACUGGCGAGGAGCGAGGGUAUCCUCGCUCCU